UUUAAAAUGUUAUAAUGUUUGCUGGACAUUGUUUAAUGUUUUUCUAUGUUACAUUUUCAAAAUUGCAAUAACAUCGGAGUGUCUAUUUAUAGCCCGUCGUGUAUAACAUGGAAAUGUAAAGCACUACUUAAGAUGAUCAUGUAAGCUACUAUGCUGUGUUGACGUCACUCUCAAGGCUUCUUCCACACACAAAUGCGCUCUCAAGCUCUCAGGAGCUCUGAAGAGGUGGCGAACUCGAGAUGUGUGCGCCUCGCCGAUGAACGCAUCCGCAGCAGGGAGAUGCUCUCUUGGUAAAUGUUAGCUAGCUAUUUAUUAAAUACUCAGGUAGUAUUUCAGGAUAAGAUUAACUUCUUUUUUUUUUUUUUUUUCAUUUUUGACUGCAUGUAGAUCACUUGUUUUAAGAGUCUGCAAAACUCUUUCAUCUUUACAGUUCACUUCUGCAGUUGGCGUUAGUGGCAGACUUUAAUUUAUAUCAGGCAUCCUCCGAAAUGACCAACAAGCUUAACCUACACGCUUAACCUACAUAUCUGUUUGAGAUGGACUGGGAGGCUUUUUAUUCGGGCUGCUGAGCCCAGCAACUUUAUUCUCGCGCUGUGAGGACGCUCGUGAGGAUUUGACCACAGCAUUAGAUGAAGCAUCAAUUGCGACUCUUCACAGAACUUCUCGUGAAUGGCAUGGUCCACGCUCAGGUGUGGGGAAGAUCCGAAGGAAUUUUCUCAAUGCACCAAGUAUGCAAGAACAUAAUAUCAGCUGAAGAGUGUUAAGCAAAGAUGUUUUCUGAAGAAGCGAAUUUCAGUUACACUUCGAACGGCACGGAUGAUGACACGUUGUCCGCGCAAGAUCAAGAUUGGAGCGACACUCCUGCUGAGAAACUGUCACGGACGGGACACAAUGUGGUCGCCGUUAUUUUGGGAUCUAUUCUGGUGUUCGGGAUCCUAAACAAUUUAAUCGUCCUCGUUCUGUUUUGUAAAUUCAAGACUCUGCGGACUCCCGUGAACAUGCUUCUGCUCAACAUCAGUGUGAGUGACAUGCUCGUGUGUCUGUUCGGCACCACGCUCAGCUUCGCGGCCAGUAUCCGCGGCCGGUGGCUGGUGGGGAGACACGGGUGUAUGUGGUACGGAUUCGUCAACUCAUGCUUUGGGAUUGUAUCAUUGAUCUCUCUGGCAAUCCUUUCGUAUGAUCGUUACAGCACUUUAACUGUUUACAACAAGAGAGCCCCAGACUACAGCAAACCCUUGUUGGCUGUCGGGGGCUCCUGGCUCUACUCACUGUUCUGGACGGUUCCCCCCCUGCUGGGCUGGAGUAGCUAUGGACUGGAAGGGGCAGGAACCAGCUGUUCGGUCACAUGGACCGCCAACACUCCUCAGUCACAUUCCUAUAUCAUCUGCCUGUUCAUUUUCUGUUUGGGAAUCCCCGUGCUGGUCAUGGUGUACUGUUACAGCCGGCUCCUCUGUGCUGUCAAACAGGUAGGGCGUAUCAGGAAGACAGCAGCAAGGCGGAGAGAGUACCACAUUUUAUUUAUGGUCAUCACUACAGUGGUGUGCUACCUUUUGUGCUGGAUGCCUUAUGGGGUUGUUGCAAUGAUGGCCACGUUUGGACGUCCCGGGAUCAUCACACCCAUUGCGAGCGUGGUGCCGUCCCUCCUUGCCAAAAGCAGCACAGUCAUCAACCCUCUUAUUUACAUCCUUAUGAACAAACAGUUUUACAGGUGUUUCCUCAUCCUGUUUCAUUGCAAACACAGCUCUCUAGAGAAUGGACAGUCCUCUAUGCCUUCAAGAACUACUGGCAUCCAGCUCAACCGAAGGGCUUACAGCAACACAGUCGCUGGCAACGAACCUACUUCCAUUGGUCUCCAGUGCAAUGAGUGCAGCACCCCUGUCUCGGGCUGAACCAAUACACACACAAAAAAAAAAAAAAAAAAAAAAAAUCACACAUCUCUACGUUCCAGCUCCACACUACCCCAGUCUAAGCCUGGCAUACAUAGUGUCCCAAAUGAUGACAAAAUCGUCUGUGUAGUGUUGUUGAGUGCCUACCAAUCAAACGCUGAAAAUCAGAACUGUAGCAAAGUGAUCUCUAUCGUCGUCUUUGUGAUGACCUAACACACCAUUUUCAAUUGGUAUUUGUAUGUGACUUGUCAAUAUAAAUGUUACAAAGAGCGAGAAAAGUGCAACCAGCUACUGGUGACUUGUUAAAUUGGAUGUUUAGAUGCUGCAUUACUUCUAAAUGUGCUUGCCUCUAUUUUGUCUGUAUGUUCCCAUCCCAACCCAUUUAAGGCCAGGUCUGAAUUAGAUGUUGAAUAAAGCUGUGAAUGUAAAGGAAAAACCCCUCAAAACUGGUAAAAUCCUCCACCCAUGACUUCUUUGUAUUCUGUUUUUACCCUAAUCUCACUGUUAGCUGCUGGAGAUCAAGGAUCAUGACAUGUGGAUCAUUAGUCACAUCAUUGCUUGAGAGUAGUCCAGUGAUCCAAAACAGUAUCUCCAAACUUGGUCACUAGUGGUGAUGUUGAAGGAAUAGUUUAAUAGAAGGAAAAUCCUUCUUUCCAAACUUGACGAUUCUUUUUUCUUCUGCUGAGCACAGAUAAUUUAAUGAAUAUCAGGUUGGGUGAAUUCAGUACAAUGGCAACCAUGCGGCUCACUGAACAUUUCCGACCAUUUUUGGUGAAAAACUCCCCAAUAUUAAAGCAGCUUUAAGUGGCAUCAAAGGACUUCUAAAUUUUAAGGACCUUUUGGAAGGCCGCUUUCAUUUUGUGUCCUUCAUUCAGCUUGUUUUAAAGGAUGUUUUCAAGUAUAUCCUGCAUAUCACCCAUAAUCCUUUACACAAAAAGGAGUUGUCACUGAGCUUGUCUAAUGUAAGAAAGAUUUUGGAGAUAAAAGCAUUGUUUUUUUGUUUUGUUUUGUUGUAAAUUAAUCACAUAAUGCUACAUUUUGUUCCCAGAUGAAUAAAGAAAUUCUGGAACGUGGUUUUGGAGUUAAUGAUGACAAUAUUCCUUUACGUCAAAGCUGUAAUCGUAAACGUAAAGGUACGAUCCAAUAUUGCACACUCAAAACAAUGAAAGAGGACAAAAAAAGAUAAACAUUUUUCAACAUUAGGACCAGCAAAUAUUGGAUUGUGCCUUUGAUAGAUAAUGACGUUUGAUGGGUGUAGGAAUGGUGAUCGUCUGUUUGAAAGCCAUCAACUUGUAUUAACAGCACCGAUUUACACAGAUCUUGAUUAUAUGUCAAUCAUACGAGAAAAUAAACCAACUACCCACAAUUAUACUCACUGUCACAUUUGUUCAUUUGCUUGUGUGCCUCUCUUAGAUGUUUAGUUUUAAGCCAAACCUCCAUUCAUUCAUUAAGAUUCAGCAGUGCACUUGCAAAGCAAAGGAGACAACAACAAAGUGUGUGUAUGUGUGUGUUUUCUGCUGCCACGGGCACUGUUUCUGCCAGUACAGCCUGCGGCAAGGUAAGUAUCCUCUAGAAAUGUUAUGGAGAGUUUACUUUUUCCACUCUGAUUGAAAUAAUCCCUUCAUGCACCCGAACUGGCAUCUAUCAAAGUGAUUUAACUGAGUAACACAUUUCAGUAUUUGCACACACACACACACAUUCACACAUACUGCACUCUUCAGUCAUAAAUGAAUUCAAGAGGAACAGUGAAUACAAACAGACAUAAUUAUCAUUUGUAAGUCAGCAGAUACUCUGGA